UGCUCUUGGGGGCGUGUACUAAGGGGAGGAACUUCCCAUGAACUUGUAGGUUUUUGUAAAACGUUGGGUAGCCGUACUGUUGGAUAAAACGUGUGUGCUGUAAAGAUGUCACUUUUGUGCAGGAGAACUUUAACAGCGUUGUGGCACGUGAGUGCGGGAGCUCGUUGUGCUCCGGUACCUGCGACUUUUACCACUCGGUGGUAUGCAGCUGUAGGGCCUCAGUAUCAGUAUAUUGUGGUAGAAAAGAGAGGUGAAAAGCAGUGUGUGGGCUUUAUUCAACUAAAUCGCCCUAAAGUCUUGAAUGCACUGUGUGACUCACUAAUGAGAGAAGUUGGGCAGGCAGUGGAUUCGUUUGAAGAAGAUCCAGCUGUUGGAGCGAUUGUCAUCACCGGAACUGAAAAGGCAUUUGCAGCUGGAGCUGAUAUCAAGGAAAUGCAGAACAGAACUUUCCAGGAGUGCUAUGGUGGCAACUUUCUUUCACACUGGGAUAAAGUGGCUCGUGUCAGAAAGCCUGUCAUCGCUGCUGUGAAUGGAUAUGCCCUUGGUGGAGGCUGUGAGCUGGCUAUGAUGUGUGACAUUAUCUAUGCAAGUGACAAAGCUCAGUUUGGUCAGCCAGAAAUUCUUCUUGGAACUAUUCCAGGGGCUGGAGGAACACAGAGACUUGCCAAAGUUGUAGGAAAAUCCUUAGCUAUGGAGCUUGUUCUCACAGGUGACCGAAUCUCAGCAGAGGAAGCCAAACAGGCAGGCCUUGUAAGCAAAGUGUUUCCAGCUGACAGACUGGUAGAUGAAGCAGUGAAGUGUGGAGAGAGAAUUGCUGGUAACUCUAAGCUUGUAACAAUAAUGGCAAAAGAGGCAGUUAAUGCAGCUUAUGAACUGACAUUAGCAGAAGGCCUCAGACUAGAGAAGAGGUUAUUCCACUCAACAUUUGCUACUGAUGACAGGAAAGAAGGAAUGUCUGCAUUUGUGGAGAAGCGAAAAGCAAACUUUACAGAUAAAUAAUGGAUGUGGACAUUAUAAUGGAUUUUUAUAACAACAUAGACCCCAUGUGCAAAACGGGAAAAGGGGUUGAAGAUGGAUAGUGUUAACAGAGCAAAAGAGCUUUAUAACAUCACUUGAAAUAUUUUUCAUCCAUCAUUAGCACUGAUCUGUAAUUUAAUACUGUAAAAGAUCGUCAUAAUAUCGCAUUACACGGACUAUAUAUACACCAGGAAUCUGGAACACUGAUUUGUAAUUUAAUUGCUGUGUAUGCUGGAAUUUCUUAAUUUUGUCAGCCACAUUUGCAGCAAGUGUUUCACAUGUUGAAAUUUGAGCAUAAUAAAGCUGGGUAUUUUUGGAUGCA